AUCUCAUUUUGUAAACAUCGCUGUUGUCCUAAAUCCAAGACCCAUAUUUUGAGCCAUAUUCAUGUGACAAGGCAAUACAAAGGCAGCAAUUUGAUGUGUUGAAGACAGCUGUGUUUUCCAAAAUAAUAAAGCUAAUUUAUCCUUCGGUAUGUAAUUCAUUCCGAAAAAAAUAGUAAAGCUGAUCUGAUACGAUGGCCGAUGUCCCGAUGUGUGUGGACACUGAUUUUUAGAAAAAUAGUUAAUUAUUAAUUAUUUAUUAGUCUUCUUAAUUAUAAGUAUAAUUAGUAUUAGGAAUUAUUAUUUAUUAGUAGUCAUAUGACAAUGAGUAAUAAAUGGUAUAUGGAUAAGUAUGUAUGGACAUGAACGAUGAAUUUUUAUUGUGGCAGAGUGGUUUCAAUAAUUGAGUCAUUUAAAAUAAAUACUCGUACUCAUACUCAUAGUCAUAGUCAUUGAACUAUAACUGGGGACAAAAGAGUAAAGACAAAGACUAAAGUGAACAAUAAAAUAAGCUAAAUCCCUUUGGCUUAGUCUAGCACACCUUACACUGGCUUAGUAAACUUAGACCUAGUAUUAAUUAUAAUUCGUAAUUAUAAUUGCCUCCUACUACUUACUAAUACUACACUCUAAUUCUAAUGUCUAAUGAAAUUACCCAGGCUCUAAAAUCUAUCUUUUAAAGGUCUACCUAAGAAAAUUUUUUUUUUUCUGUUUUACUUUAACUCUAUGUAUAGUUUUCUAUCCAAAGCCAAAUCAGGUGGUGCAAGUGUAUGCAUAAGGUUUUCAUUUCUUGGCCAUGGGCCAGGGUUGUGUGCUGAAACUAAUAAUUAUUACCUUAAAGUUGGUACCUUUUUACAUUUCCAACGAUUGCAUUAUAAAUUUUAUACUGUAAAUUUAUUGAAUUAUGUUAUAGGCCUACGUAAAAUUCUGUUUGAUGUAAUUUCUAUUUAUCCUGACCCUAUUAAAAAGCUUUUUCAAAUCUGUGGAAAGCAGUCUGGAGCCUGUUCUCGAUAACAGUGUUUGCCAAAUUUGUAAGCUUAGCCGACUGAUUGACAAGUUUUGAAAUUGCACCAGGAACCUGUGUUGGUUCACAGAUACCACUUUUGGAGACACUGUUCUAUAGUAUACUAUAGUAUAGUAUUGCCACUGGUAAACUAUACACUGGUAACUGACCAAGGGACUGUCUUGUCAGUGAUUAGGCUACCAGAUACCCUAGUUUAACCGGGAUUGUCCUGAUUUAGCAGCCUCGUCCUGGUUAGUUUCAGUCGUUCUAUCAGAAAUUUCUUUUAAAUAAAUUCCAUAUUUAUUGUCAGUUAAAAUUUAAUAUGCAGAGACAAACAAGAUCUAAGCUAAUUUUAGGAAAUGCGCAUUAAUUAUUUUGUUUAAGUACAUGUGUAUUAUAUUGAUAGAUGCCUCUAUGAAUAUGAGGCAUGCAUCAAAUGUUCCACCUGUAGCAUGACCCACCUAAGAAGAUAUGCGAGCAUUUUUGUCAGUAAUCAUCUCAUGACUACAAUCAAUUUCCCAUUAUAAUUGAAACCGGUUAUGUCGACGGCCUCAGGGCUUGUAAAAAAGCGCCGAGAUAACCGAAAACCAAUAUGGCGGCAAUAUAUUAACAUGUGCUUGAAAUUUCUUUAUGUACACGAUGUGUGUUUAGUGUACAUGCACGUCUUUUACAAGUUUUUUUUACACAACAGCGUUGAUGAAGGGAUUGGCAUGCUAUAAAAAUGUACAUACAUAUUUGCUAACAACACAAGGCAUAUAUGGGGUGCCACUUUUCCAGAUUAUUCCAGAAUUCCGGAUUCGUGAGGCUAAAUAUUUUUCAGCUCCAGAUUCGCUACUUUUUAUUUUCUCUCGCUCCGGAUUCGCCAUUUCAGUUUAUUCACAUACGGAUUCUGGGUUUAAAAAAAAAAAAAAAACCUGUAAGAAUCCGUGAAAGCCUAUUAACUAUUAAGCGACAAGCAGGUUGGCUAUAAAUAGAACAGGUACUGCGACCCCUCUCUUUUGUAUGCAAGGCUCACUCCUCGCAUCUUGCUGUGUCAAGUUAAUUGCCCACACAACGAUAUUGUCAUUUCAUUUCAAUUACUACAGUUUGAAGUAGGUACGUUUCUGUUGUUUAUUUUUCAAAAGCCAGCAAUUGGUCAUGGGGAUCGAGAUAACUGAGUUUAAGUGGCCUUUUGUGCAUGAGAUAUCAGGGUUUGGCGACAAAAAAGAAUCGACAUAACCGUGGAGAAAAUGCCAAGACAAUGAGAGAGUUUGGCUAUUCUACUUCAAAAACAUCAUCAUAACAGGGUUGGUGAGUUAUCCGAGGUCGAGAUAAGCGGGUUCGAAUGUACUAAGCUUUUCUGAGAUUUUGGACUUGUGAGGAACAAAUAUUUUUUCUAUCAUCAAAUAUCAAAUAUAGAUGAUGUGACUUUUCAAAUCUUGCUUGUUACCUCGAGGUGUAUCUUGACUAUACGCCACUCGAGGUGAACUGCCGCAAUGGCACCACCCACACAUGCAUCUAUUAUAAUGUUGUUAGUAACAUAAACAAAAGUGCCGCCUGUAGUGCUUGCCCCUAUACUUUUAUUUUGUACAAUAACAAAAGCCGAACUAUUCCAACAAAAGCCUAAUAUUCUAACGAAAGCCUAACUAAUCUGUAUAGUGUCAGAAAUGGAUUGUGUCCCUUAGCUUUAUCACAGACCAACCAUCAAAUGAUAAGUAGGCCUAUAUUUUAACAGAAUGUAACAUAAUUUAUUUUUAUGGUAGUUUUAUAUUCAGCUAUAAAUACAAAUUCAAAGUUCACUGAGUCAUCAUUGCAUGACUUCAAUUAAUAGACUUAAAAUCAACUGCACGUUUUAUUAAAAAGAUAAUUAAAAAAUGCUUUGCCUAAGGUUCUUCAGUUUCUUCAUUAAUUUGUUCCUGUUUAUCAAAUCUAAUCAAAGGGAGACCAAGCAGUUGCUCAACAAUGUCACACCUUGGGUUGUUGCCCAUUUCUCUAGUGCUGCUUGCCAUGAUAACUGUUGGAGUCUCUUACAUCAUAGCAGUGGUGAGAAAUGAUGUCAGUGCUGCCUUCCCUUACAUAAGGUACUGAAGUCAACUCAUGUAGGGAAAACACUAGAUUCUUUCUUUCCUUAUGCUAUUUUGGUUCAUGCGCAAUGAGGGUAUGUUAUUUUAUAAUUGGUUUAAUCCACUUAAUUGUGUCAGUUAUUAUUGUUGAAAUCCUACUUUUUAAUUUCCACCAUUUUGUGUACCCUCUCUAAACCCAGAGAUGUGCAAGAUUUAUUCAGAUGUGGACAGGGAGUUGACAGUGGUCUGUAAUUAGUGUAAUAUUUUACAAUGGUUUGAUAAGAUAAGAUAAGAUUCUUUUAUAGAUCCAAAUAAAUGGAAAUGUUUUUUGAUUGCAUUAUACAUUUUCAGCACAAAAAUAAAACAAUUUGAACACAAGGCAUUUAUAAUAAAUUAUUUCAAACAGCCAUUCAGUGAGUUCUCUUAGCAAAAUCGGGGACUUAUUAGUUCCCAUUCAGAUGUGUGAUUUCAGAGGAAGCACGCCGGUAAAUUCGUACAGAUUGGGGAAUAAAAGAAUUUUUAUAUCGGUCAGUCCUCGCCCUGAUGGAAAGAAUUCGUCCCGAACGGCCCGAUCCUAAGUAUCUAGGAUGAAGAGGGUGGGAUGUAUCAUCCAAAAUGUGUUUAGUUUUGCAAAAACAUCUUUCUUCAAAAAGUUCUUCAAGUGAAGGAUGUUUAGUUUGUGUUAUGUUUCUAGCUUUCUUGAUUAGUCGGUUUAUGCGGUGUUUAAUAUCAGACGUUGAAUUCCCGCACCAGCAGGUAAUACUGAAAUUAAGCAGGCUUCCAAUAGUUGUACUGUAGAAUAAGUUAAGGACUUGCUUGUUUACGCCAAAAUUGUACACUUUUUUUUUAGGUAGAACAGUCUUUGGUUGAAUUUCUUAUACAGGAUGCAUACAUUUGGCAGAAAGGGUGCACAGUGACUAAAAGACGAUCCUUUCUAUUAUAAUGACACGGAAAUAGUAAAAUUUCUGGGAGCUGAUUAUUCUCGUCCCAAUAUCAUAGUUUCUAAAUUCUAAAUCUGAUAAUCUAUUGUAUGUUUUAGUUUGUAUGUUUUUAGUUUUUAAUGUACAUGAAUUAAAUUCAUUCCACAGUUAUUUCCAACUUUUAUUUAUAAUAUCGUUAAUACCUAAUUAUUUUUUUUAAUUUAAAUAAUUUUAGUGAUACAGGUUCCCAGAGACCAGAAAGCUGUAUAUUUGGGCAGUUUCUAAAUAUUGCUGCAUUUUUAGGUAAGAAAAUCUAUGAAAAUUUAUUUCUGUCCAUAUCUUUGCUCUGAGAGGUUUUAAUUCAUUAUUGAGUAAUAAUAAAAAAAAAGAAGAAUGAAACAAAAAUCAUAAAGGAGGUGACGGUAGUAGUAGGUGCACUAAAUUAAACAUUCAAUAAAAAUGAAAGGGUAAAGUAAAACUAAAAUUUCCACUCAUAAAAUAACAUGCAUGGAUCAUCAUGGUUACAAUAUGCUACACUCUGUGCUGGGCUGUACCUCAUGUAUGGGUCGUCAUGGUUACAACAUGCUACACUCUGUGCUGGGAUGUACCUGAAUAACCUAACACCAGAGAUAUCUCGAAAAACCUAAGUAAUGCCAGCUCAUCUGAACUUAACGGCACUCUCGUCUACAGCAUUCUGCACGAUGUACGUACGCUACAAAGCUGUGGAGGCUAUAGCUCAUAACACCGUAGAUGAUCCUAAACUUUGUAAGUUGAAUAAAGGAGCAACAUUUUUGGGAAUGAUAGCAGCAUUAGGAGUUUCUGUUGUGGCCAAUUUUCAGGCAAGUUGAGAACUGUUGUUAUUAAAAAUCUGUCUUUAUUGUUCAUCCUGCUUUUAAAUUAACCAUUAUAUCAACGUAUCGAAAUGUCAACAUAUCAGCGUAUCAUCAUGUCAGCAUAAUGAAAUGUCAUUACAUCAGCGUAUCAUCAUAUCAGCAUUUAUAUGUUACUAUAAAAGCAGCUGGAUAUUACUUUUGUCGUCCUCCAAUAAAAAAAGUCAAAUGUCAGUUCAGGGUUGUCAGCUUGACUGCUUCAAAUUGACAUCACUAUCAAGCAGACCUAGAUACUCUUAUGAUUUCAGCGUUUAAUGUACACUUUUGAGAUGCUUUUUACCGUUGUAUACCAAGACCUGUCAGAACUACAAAAUUUAAGAAAUGAAUUUGAACAAAUAUGUUCUGGUAGUUUUUAUAAUUAAGAAAACCCCCAGCCUUAUUUGGUUGUUGUUCUAGCUCAUUUCUACGUCCGGCGGAGAAUGGAGCAAAUAAAUGACCAUUGGUUGGGGACCAUCCAUCAAAUAAAUGACCAUUGGUUGGGGACCAUCCAUCAAAUAAAUGACCAUUGGUUGGGGACCAUCCAUCAAAUAAAUGACCAUUGGUUGGGGACCAUCCAUCAAAUAAAUGACCAUUGGUUGGGGACCAUCCAUCAAAUAAAUGGCCAUUGGUUGGGGACCAUCCAUAAUUAUAUUGCAUACACACUGAGUGGGGAGAAUGGAGGUGGUGCUGACUAAGGAGCGUAUGGCGUAUGGUUGUGCAUGGGAUGGGGCAAUAUCUAUUUUCAGAAGUUACUAAGCACCUGCACAAUUUUAAUACCCCAGUUUUGUUCCCACCCUCCUCUUCCCUUCCCGUAAUACAGCUUUCUGUGGCUAUGAGACUUUAAUGUGUUUACAAAAGAUAAAAUCAGGUUUCUAGGCUUAAGGCAGGGUUGGCAAACCACAGGCUGCCACGUUAAAUAUUAUUUCCAUUCUUGAAAAGGACGCACAUUAGCAUUAUCUAUACAUCUUUGUUUGUGACAGUACCCACCGUUUUGGUGUACCUGCCCGCUUUUUUGGACUUAUUAAAAUAAAAAAAUUAUAGAAAUAAGUAUGCUCAAAUCUUAAAUAAAAAUUAUAAUUUUUAAAAAAUUAUUUAGUAACUAAUCAAAUUACUGGAUUUAUAUAAACAUAUCUAGGUAGUGGGAACCUAAUUAACACGAGCCAUACCAUUAAGUGUACAACUAUAUGCAGGUAUACCGUACGCAAAGGUGCAUCCCUGCAUUCAUAAAUAAAAACUUACGAAUGUAAUUUUUUUAGACAUGCAAUGGCAGCAGUUAUUGUAUGCAUUUUUAUUUAUAUUUCUUUCUUUACAAUUGCAAAAAUGUAUUUACGAUUUUGCGAGAUCCAAGGUGACCAGGUCUGUAAAAAUUCUGUUGUGUUUCAGGAAGGAACUAAUGUUGAGAUAGUGCAUGUUGUGGGUGCAGGAAUGACGUUCAUCUCCGGAGUUCUGUACUGUUUUGUUCAAGCCGGGCUGUCCUAUCACAUGUGUCCUGACUACAACGGUCUGUACAUCUGUCGAGUUCGCCUGGCCCUCAGCAUAUCAUCACUCACUGCUCUUAUUGUCAGUAUCCUUUCAUACGUCUUCAUUACUUUAUGGAAGAAUGUCAUCACUGUAUGGAAGUAUGUCAUCACUGUAUGGAAGUAUCCUUUCAUACGUCUUCAUUACUUUAUGGAAGAAUGUCAUCACUGUAUGGAAGUAUGUCAUCACUGUAUGGAAGUAUCCUUUCAUAUGUCUUCAUCGCUGUAUGGAAGCAAAAUUAUGUCAAAUGGGAGGCGCAGACUUCUGGAGACAUUAAAAUAGUUUUCUGAAUUCUCAUUGCAAAAACAAAUAAUGUUUAUUGCCAAAUUUUUUGCUGCUUAAUUGUAAGAGUAAUUGACGUUAAUUUAAUUGACAAAAUAUUUGUUUAACAUAUUUUACUUUAAAAGUUGAAGGUCAUAAUUAUUCAGUUUGUGCUUAAUUGUACUAAUAGUUUCUUUGCUUUAAUACUUCAUUUUAUAAUUUCUAAAAAUAGACAUCAUGGUUCCAUUGACAAAAAGUGAAUGCACACAGCUUCAAAUUUGUAAAUCAAACUUAUUGAUGAGGGUCCAGUGGCUCAAAGCUGCCUCACAACUGGUCAUACUCUGACAUAGCUUGAUAGAAUGGACACAUCAGUCCAAAAAUGUGAUAGAAUGGACACAUCAGUCCAACAAUGUGAUAGAAUGGAUACAUCAGUCCAGCAAUGUGAUAGAAUAGACACAUCAUUCCAGCAAUGUGAUAGAAUGGACACAUUAUUCCAGCAAUGUGAUAGAAUGGACACAUCAGUCCAGCAGUGUGAUAGAAUGGACACAUUCGCCAUACUCAUGGGGUGUAUGUAAAACCUUGAAAAAAAACUAAACCACUGUAGAAAAGGUCAACUAGGCAUUUGACUAACAAUCGAAGGUCUCUGCUGUCUUGACACUCGCAGCUUCUCUGCUGUCUUGACACUUGCAGUGUCUCUGCUGUCUUGACACUCGCAGCUUCUCUGCUGUCUUGACACUUGCAGCUUCUCUGCUGUCUUGACACUUGCAGCUUCUCUGCUGUCUUUACACUCGCAGCUUCUCUGCUGUCUUGACACUCGCAGCUUCUCUGCUGUCUUGACACUUGCAAUGUCUCUGCUGUCUUGACACUUGCAGUGUCUCUGCUGUCUUAACACUUGCAGUGUCUCUGCUGUCUUGACACUCACAGUGUCUCUGCUGUCUUGAUACUUGUACUAACUGGGUGUCAAAAGUGAAAAUAAUCAAUUUCUAAUGAUCAAGUUAAAGAAUGAGAGAGGAAAGCAAUGGAUUCUUUUGAAUAUGAUAGCUAAUUUACUUUGUGUUCCAUUAUUUGCUAAAGUUGAUUGACUUAACAAAGAAAUAUAGCAAUAGCAUCAGCAGGAUUGGCUAUUAAUGAGUGGAACACACACAAACACACAGAGGACAAGUUUAAGUGGGCCCCUAAUGAUCCGGUUAGUAAUAAUGUAUACCGGUUACCAACUGCAUAAUGGUUAGUAAAAUAUUUGAUUAUGGUUAAAGAGAUUGAGCAAACCAGGUGAGUUUUGUUUGUGUCUGGGGAAUAAAAACAUAAUGAAAUAACAAGACAUUAGAUGAUUGAGUUAUGUCAGGUGAUUGAUUGACUUAUGUCAGAUGAUUGAUUGAGUUAUGUCAGAUGAUUGAUUGACUUAUGUCAGAUGAUUUAUUGAGUUGUCAGAUGAUUGAUUGAGUUAUGUCAGAUGAUUGAUUGAGUUAUGUCAGAUGAUUGAUUGAGUUGUCAGAUGAUUGAUUGAGUUAUCUCAGAUGAUUGAUCGAGUUAUGUCAGAUGAUUGAUUGAGUUAUGUCAGAUCAUUGAUUGAGUUAUGUCAGAUGAUUGAUUGAGUUAUGUCAGAUGAUUGAUUGAGACAUGUCAGAUGAUUGAUUGAGUUAUGUCAGAUGAUUGAUUGACUUAUGUCAGAUGAUUUAUUGAGUUGUCAGAUGAUUGAUUGAGUUAUGUCAGAUGAUUGAUUGAGUUAUGUCAGAUGAUUGAUUGAGUUAUGUCAGAUGAUUGAUUGAGUUGUCAGAUGAUUGAUUGAGUUAUCUCAGAUGAUUGAUUGAGUUAUGUCAGAUUAUUGAUUGAGUUAUGUCAGAUGAUUGAUUGAGUUAUGUCAGAUGAUUGAUUGAGUUAUGUCAGAUGAUUGAUUGAGUUAUGUCAGAUGAUUGAUUGAGUUAUGUCAGGUGAUUGAUUGAGUUAUGUCAGAUGAUUGAUUGAGUUGUCAGAAGAUUGAUUGAGUUGUCAGAUGAUUGAUUGAGUCAUGUCAGAUGAUUGAUUGAGUUGUCAGAUGAUUGAUUGAGUUAUGUCAGAUGAUUGAUUGAGUUAUGUUGAUUUGUUCGAAGACAAAGAGUUAUUAAUAGGGAAGAAUUAGCUGAAGUGAUCCAAAGAAUGUGUUCAAGUGAUCCAAAUCUUAAUCAACUUUUAUGGCUUCUCAAGUAAACAAUGACAAGAAUUGAGUGAAUGUGUGUAUCUGUCUGUGUUUAUGUCUGUGUGACAGUGUAUCCGUCUGUCAUUGUAAGUGAGUAUUUGGUCUGUGUGACAGUGUAUCCGUCUGUCAUUGUAAGUGAGUAUUUGUCUGUGUAACAGUGUAUGGGUCUGUGUUUGUAUUUGUCUGUGUGUUUUGCCUGUCAGAUAUAAUUUAUUAUUUGUUGCAAAUGUUCACUUGAUGCGUCACACUUCAGGAAGUGUAAUGUGUAUUGUGUAAUAUGUAGUUGAAAUAUUUACAGGGCUAUGUAUCACACAUUGUGAGCACUGUCGGAGAGUGGAUAACGGCCUUCACCUUCCUCUCAUUCUUUUUCACCUAUGUUCAAGAAUUCAACAAAUUUGAGCUGGAGAUUCGAACCCGCCCUCUUGUCAGACAUCUCGAUGAAAGAAUAGAGCAACCCGUAAAUCAAGAAAUCAACGAGAGAACGAAGUUGUUAGCGUGAGAUCUCAAUAAGAGAACGCAGUUGUUAGCGUGAGAUCUAUUUCAGAGAACAAAGUUGUUAGCCUGAGAUCUCUUGAAGGAACAAUUAUUCAUACAAACCAUAAUGCAGUAAUUUUUCAGAGCUAUAAUUAAUAUAAUAUCAUGUUUACGGGAGGGAACUGGGGAAUCUGAUACUGAGGCACUAGGUGAGAAUGUUGGCUGUCUUCGAAAGUAAAAUUCUACAAAUUAAAUGCCAAUCGUAAUGGCGGUAUCUCGCUCAAUGGCCGCCAAGUUAUGGCUGACAUAGUUGCUGCCUUUUGGCUGAUUUUGACAUCCCUAUAAACCAGAGGGGAUGUAGAACCUGCACUCUUUGUUAUUUAUGAAAUUGUUUACUGUUUGACAAAAAAACUAUUUUCAUGGCAUUCUUUCUUAGGAAAUAGCUUCCCUUUUCUGGUCGGUCGAUUUCUAUGUUUAAAAACAUUUUAAUUUAUUCAAACAUUCGAAAAUUGUAAUAUUUGAUCAAUAGAUUACAGGACCACUUGAUGACAGUUCAUGAUUAGAAUAGACAUUUGAAACAUUAACUUGGUUUUGUUUUGACAAUUUUAUGAAUAUCAUAUUUUGUGCAAGAGUUUAUAAGGACAGUGUCAUGUUAUAUGUUAAAAGUGUUAAAUGAUAGUCAGGUUAUAUGUUAAAAGUGUUUAAUGAUAGAGUCAGGUUAUAUGUUAAAGUGUUUAUUGAUAGUGUCAUGUGAUAUGUUAAAAGUGUUUAAUGAUAGAGUCAGGUUAUAUGUUAAAAGUGUUUAUUGAUAUUGUCAUGUUAUAUGUUAAAAGUGUUUAAUGAUAGAGUCAUGUUAUAUGUUAAAAGUGUUUAAUGAUAGAGUCAGGUUAGAUGUUAAAAGUGUUUAAUGUUAGAGUCAGGUUAUAUGUAAACUGAGUUUAAGUUGCUAUUGUAUUAAACAAGGCCUUGAAUGGCUGACAACCACAGCAUGAAUGAGUGGUCAACAUAUGCUAAAGCUGCUAAAUUGAAUACCGUAGUAACAAGCCAUUUUAUUAGAUGUAUAUUUUAUUGGAUAAGAUUCUUUUAUUGAUCCAAACAAAUGAAAAUGUUUUUCAUUGCAUUGUACAUAUACAUUUUCAGCACCUAAAUAAAUAGAUAGUUUAAUAAAGCCCAUAUUUUUCAACUAAAACAAUUUAAGACAUGACAUUAAAUUAUUUUACACGUGACAAAAACAACCAUUGAGUGAACUCCCUUAGUCAUAACAGGGACUUAUUAGUUAUCAUUUAGAUUUGUAGCUUCUGGGGGAGCAUGCUGGUAGAUUCGCACAGAUUGGGGAACAAAAGAAUUUUUAUAUCUUUGAGUCCUCGCCCUGAGAGAAAGACUUUGUCCCGAAUGGACCGCUGCUAAGUUUCUGUGAUGAAGAGGGUGGGAUGUAUCGUCCAAAAUUAUACCACAAUGUCAGAUAUCUGUCUCAAUAACAAGAUUGAUCUUAUUUGACUUAAUUUAACUACACAAUGAUGUGUCUUUAUGUGUAUAUAUUUGUGAAAUAACAUUUUAAUGUCAAUUGGAAAUUAAAAAUAUUGAAUUUGAGAUGAAAAAAAAAAAUCUGGAUUACUGGUACGUAAUGUUUUACUUCUUCUUCUUCUUCUUCUAUAUCUUAAGGGCCCACGAUCAAUUUAUUGAUCAUUUUGGCUCCUAUGCAUGUAGAUGGGAUUUGCAAUGUUUCUGUUCCUGGUCAACUACUCCUUUAAAGUGUCUAAAGCAGUGCCACUUUGUGAGGGAAUCAUGCACUGGGGGUUUGAAGGCUUGAGGCAAUAGACACAAAUGUGUCUAGUGUUGUCGCCUCAACCGUUCCUUUUGAAAUGUUUACACAUUUAAUGACUGGCAUUGACAAGAUUGGUCUGCUUUUUUAAAAUCCUUUAUGUUUACUUAGCUGUUUUUCUUUCUUUCUGUCUGGCUGUGUUGCAAAAUCUUCGGACAGCUAAUUGACUCAGUCCAGCCAACCUAUCCAGCUGAAACCUGCAGAUGACAACACGUCAUCAGCCCCACUCCUUAACCCCAACCCCCCAAAAAUCUGUUUUUCAAGGGGAAGAUGAAGGAAAUAGGACACCACUGAUUUCACCAAAUAAAAUACCUAACUGCGCUAAAUGAGAUUCGUAAAAAUAUUGCAAGAGCGUUUGGUGCGUAAUAUUUUCUUUUGUUUUUCUCAAAUAGUUGGUGAAAUAAAUCUGCGGCGUAAAUGCGGAUGGGACAUAAGAAUAUUAAUAACAAAUUCAUAUAAAGGCUUUAUACGUGAGAGACUUUGUUUCUGGCAGGUUGUUCAUUGUAUGUACUGUCGACAUAUUUUUGAAUAGUAUAAGUAAGGAGAUUCACUUCAUCAGUGGCUGCCAUUUGGUGAGCAAGACUUCAAAACAUUGUUAUUUACACGACAAGGGUGGUGAAACUUCAAAAGAGAGUUAUGUGAAGUGUGGUAACAUUGUGAAGUGUGUUAACAUUGUGACGUGUGUUAACAUUGUGAAGUGUGUUAACAUUGUCAAGUGUGGUAACAUUGUGACGUGUGUUAACAUUGUGAAGUGUGUUAACAUUGUGAAGUGUGGUAACAUUGUGACGUGUGUUAACAUUGUGAAGUGUGUUAACAUUGUGAAGUGUGGUAACAUUGUGAUAAAUUUAGUGUAACAUGUGGGAGGGUUUAAACAUUUUAAAGUUUUAAUUUUUUCAGAAUUUGCUUUGUCUUGAAUAAAACACACGGGUUGAUUUAAAAAGAAACUUUUAUUUGUGGGGGCAUCUGGCAGGUCCUUGUUUAUAAUGUCAUGUUAUCUAGAAGGUCCUUGUUUAUAAAGUCAUGUCAUCUAGCAGGUCCUUGUUUAUGUCAUGUCAUCUAGCAGGUUCAUGUUUAUAAUCUCAUGGCAUCUAGCAGGUUCAUGUUUAUAAUCUGGUGGCAUCUAGCAGGUCCUUGAUUAUAAUCUGGUGGCAUCUAGCAGGUCCUUGAUUAUAAUCUGGUGGCAUCUAGCAGGUCCUU